AUGAGCCGCACACUAUUCCGAAAUUUCUGUCAACUUUUUGUUGCGGAAGGAGGGAUGAAACCAACUAGGAAUGUGGAUAUAGACGAGAUGGUUUACACCUUUCUACGAACCAUUUCACAGAAUGAGAAAAAUAGGAAUUUAAGACUGAACUUGAGACGUUUUGAAGAGAUCAUAUCUCGGUCAAUUCAUCGCGUAUUGAAAGCUGUUCUUAGACUAAACAACAUGCUGAUGAAGAAGCCGAUGCCCAUUCCUGAUAAUUGUACCAACAGUAGAUGGAAACAUUUUAAGUGCUUGUUGGAGUUAACAGACAAGGGGCAGAUUCAAGAUGGCACUUGCAAGAAUGGUGUGUUCAAGGAAAUCGAGCUUAUGAUGGAAAAUUUUGCCCCAGGUUGUGGGCUGAGGGCAAAGUGGUCUAUUAAAAAUAGGGUGAGAAAACUGAAACAUUGGUACCAUUCGACUGUUAUGAUGCGCCAACAUAGUGGAUUCGGUUGGGACGACGCGACGAAGUUCUAUUUAGAUGCGGAGGAAGAUGUUUGGAACCGUUUUUUGCAGUCACAUGCUGAUUGCAAACUGUACAAGCGUGUCCCCUUCCUGCAAUUCUUUGACUUAGAAGGUGGAGAUAGCAGCUCGGAUGACGACUCUCCUCCUUACCCACUUGACCAGAUGAACAGCCUGACAGUGGAUGAAGCGAUGCUGAACAUCAUUGAUGAUGCGGUGGAAGCUCGCAUCAACAAGAAGCGGCCACCAACUUCUGAAGCAGGUCCAUCUCAUAAGAAGAAAAAGAAGAAGAAUAGUGCUGCAAAUGAGAGCAGUGUUGAGGUAGCUGAAGAACUGGGAGGACUGAGGCCACUCAUCAAGGAGUCAGCUGACACCAUUGCUAGGGCUUUAGGAGAAAGUGUGGAGUACACUAUGAUGCGUAGAGAUCUGUUGCAGAACUUGGAGAAGAUAGGUGGACUGACUAGAUCACAGGUGAUCCUUACAGUUAUGAAGUUAUCAGACUGUCUAGGACACUUAAAGGUAUUCUAUGACCUUGAGAAGGAAGAAGACAAGCUGACCCUUGUGCUCGAGCUCCUGAGCAAAUGA